UCGAGAGUAAAUCCCCUCUUUUCUUCUCUUUCCUCCUCCGUUGGUCUCCUCUCUUCUUCUUCCAAGAGAUGGUCGGUGGAGUAAAGGCUCAUUGAAAAGACUGAAGCGAUGGAGCGAUGCUCCAUCCCUCCUGCCUCCGCUCUCUACUGCCUCCUGCUGGCCGCCGUGGUGACCUGCCCCACCCGGGGUGACCCCAACGAGCCCAGCUGGGAGGAGCUGAGCGAGAUGCAGGUGGACGCGCUCUCCGCCCAGUUGGCCGUCACCGCCCAGGCCACGCCCACGCCCCUCUGGGCGGUGGUGUGGGGCCCGACGCAGACCCUCGAGGACGAGACGCAGCACUUCCUGCCCAGCCAGGAAACGGACCACUGGCAGGCGUCCACCGACGAGACCUGGCCGCGUCACCAGAGUCCCCCGACCACCCAGACACAACAGCAGCUCCCGUCCCUGGAGGCCAAGGACGUGGUGUCCGGCGACGACAGCAAGAGCGAGGCGGACGAGGAGGUUGAAGAAGUGGAUCCUCAGUUCUAUGUCACAGUGACCAUCUCGUCUGUGCUGAUUCUUGCAGCUGUCAUCAUAACUGCCAAACUCUGUUACGACCGCAGCUGUUCCCGGCACCCACCUCCGCUCUCCCGCGGCGGGGCGCCCCCCCUGUCGCUCGCCAUCCCGCGCGCCCUCGCUCAGGAGGACAGUAGGCAGACGCUGCACAGCACCCCCUCCUUCGGCGACAGGGAGAGGAUUCCUGUGGUCAACCUCUAAAGGACGACUGUUUCCCCAAAUUUGAUAAGCAUUUAUACCGGGCACUGAGAAUCUGCGGUUGGUGUGGAGAGCGUGUAUAUACAGUACAUAUAUCUAUUUUGGACUAUGAAACCAGGAGUUUAGGUGUUCUUCGGCCAUUGUGAGAGCUUCCAGCUCAGAGACAUCGAUCACACACACAGCUGCUGCCGCCGCUGGCUCCUCUCCUCCUCGCUCCUCUCUUCCUCCUCUCUUCCUCCUCUCUUCGCUCCUCUCUUCCUCUCCUCUUCGCUCCUCUCUUCCUCCAUGCCACAGUGUAUUUCAUGUUUUGGCAGCACUUGGCUCCCCGCGUCCUUGUUGAUGAACGUAGCCAUUCCAAAAAGCUGUUCCACCACGCGCAGUGCAGUAUGUCAUGGAGGUGGCUGAAGACACCGUCAUCAAAUCAUUUUUCUUGAUAAACAUCAGUUUGUGCCAGUGACAUCUUGGCAGGGAGAGUUCUUGAACUACUGAGUGCAUCCCUGUCACUGCGCCCCGCCACCCCCACUAAACUGCAGGUGCAGUUGGUGUGGCUAGAGUGUUUAAUUGGAUUCUUUUUUUUUUAUUUAAUUAAAAAGAAUUGACUCUAGUCAGCUCUAAUAAAACGAUGGUACUUAAGGUCUUAAGAUGUUGAUGAUCAGAGAAUUGGAGGGUGUUAAAGCACACAAAUUAGCAUUUUAACAAGCUUCAUUAAGGGAGGACACAAGCGCAGAGCCAAGCAGAUUUUCUGUGAUGUCCAAUUGCUUUCUAGACUGUUCUGUCUCUUUUAGAUAUACCUUGACCAUGACAUUCAGCACUGUCAGAUACUGCCACAUUAGCUAGUGCUACAAAAUGUUCUAGAAUGAUCCUAACACCAAGUGCUCAUACAGUGUUAAUUUUAGCUCACUGCUUUGGACUAAGAUGAGGAGGAAAGAAGGUAGAGGCUUAACCCUUCUCAGCAGAAGGGUUAAAAUGAUCAGGGUUUUUUCCCCCAAAGACUAGGAGGUGUGUGAGGAUGGGGGGGGGGGUUAUCUUUCAAAAGCUGGUGAAUGGAGUUAGCCUGAUGGAGCUGUGCCAACAUGUUUAACAUAAUCCCUGAAGUAGCCAUCCUGGUAUUUAAGGUACACCUCCAUUCUUGCUCACAUGGGAAGGCUUAGCCAGAAGUUGAAAAUGUCCUUAAAACUUUGCAGUACGCACUUUUGAAUGUUCCGCCGACCAAAAAGUGAGAUGGAGAGAAAUGUUCUCCUGCUUCCAACUGCAGAGGGUGGUUGAGGUGAGACUGAGGUCUUCGACUCCGUUCAGCAUCAGGCUAACCUCCACUGAGUUUGGGGAAUAGCUCUCACAGAGGGUGUUCACUACAGUGACUGACUUUAUGUGCUGUGACAUCGUAUGUAGUUUGUUCAGUACAGUAUUAUGUCAUCUGAGUCACAUUGCUGUGAAACUAUGGACCACUG